AUGACCACGACACCACCCCUCGCGACGGGUGCCAACCCUCCGAUUCCCGCCGAACAGCUCGCCGCACUUACAUCGCUGCUGUCGGGUCUCACCGCUGCCGCUUCCGGCACUGCCACACCCGCCACGACGUCCGGCACCACUCGCACUGCCUUUCCAAAGCACGCACGCUUGGAUGGUGCGAAGACCUUCGCGAACUGGACACGCCAACUUCGCCUGUGCCUAGCGGACGACAUCCGCUCGUACGUCCUCGACGGUAUCGCACCCGACGACUGGACACCUUCGCAACGCUCCGCUCGCGACGCCGUCGCUCGUGAGGUCCUUGCGAAUUCGAUUGACUCGGCCGAAGUCUCGGCAGUCCUCGACAAAAUCCCUACCGCCGACCUGACAGCGCCGACAAUCUACUCGACGCUGAAAUCGCGGUACGCCCCUGACGACGCCACCCGCACGCUCGAGCUCUUCUCACGACUCUGGGGUUUCCGUCCCAUGCCCGGCACGGUUGCCGAAUUCGACGGGUGGAUCAUGGACUUCAAAGCCGUUGCGCAAGAGAUCAUCGACACAAAGACAACUAUCAAUGAUGUUCUCGCCACACUCCUCCUUGCAAUCGCCCACCCGUCCCUCGAGAGCUUCAAGGCGUCGUUCACCGAUGAACAGCGCACGCAACGAACUCUCCCCGACAUUGAUUCGCUUGCCGACCGUAUGCGAGUCCAACUUCGGUCAACGAACAUCCCCAGCACUCAAUCGGCCCUUCUUGCCUCGUCGUCGUCACGUUCUACUCGUCUCAAGUGUCUCGCCUGUCGCAGCCCUUCGCACCGAGUCGCGGAGUGCCCUACGAGGGCGCAACACCCGCCGCCAGGACCCUGUCGCUCCUGCAAGAAGAAGGAUCACUGGUCUCUCGACUGCAAGAAGGCGCUCGAGGACGGCAAAAAGCCCGACACCGCUGACUCGACCGUCGACUCGCAACACCAUGUCGGAUGUCUCGCCACCGGUCUUCUCGCUCGUCGUCGCCAGCUUCGCAACCACUCUUUUGUCGUCGACUCGGGCGCCACUUCGCACAUGGUCUCGGACAAGUCGCUGUUCACGACCUAUCGCCAUAUCGCUCCUACGAAGAUUGGUGGUAUUGCAGGGGGCAUCAACGCCAUCGGAACGGGAAACAUCGCCUUCAUUGCCGCCUCGGGUCAUCCGAUCACGCUUACCGGCGUGCUGCACACUCCGGGCCUGUUUGUCAAUCUUCUCUCGGUCUCUCGACUUUGCGACACCGACGAUGUCCGUGUCGCCUUCACAAAACACGGCAUCCACAUUGACAAGGACGGCAACGACAUCGCUGAAGGCGCACGACUCGACGAAGGGCUCUACUUGCUGGACGCUGAUCAUUCCAAAUGUCAGCACCUUGCUCUCCUUUCUCGCUCACAGUCGUCCGUGCCCCUGCUGACUCUCCAUCGCUGCCUCGGCCAUCUCGCACCGUCCUCCAUACAGAAGAUGGUUGCCGCUGGUUUGCUGGAGGGUCUCAGGGCCGGAUAUAGUGACGAAGAGGUAGAGAAGUUUGUCUGCAAUGCUUGCCUCAGCGCAAAGGGCCAUCGUCUUCCCUUUCCCGAUUCGGAUUCGCACUCCUCAGAGAGACUCGGCCUUGUACACAGCGAUGUGCUUUCCUUCCCCGAGCGGUCCUUGACUGGCAAACGUUACCUGGUCACAUUCCUUGACGAUUACUCGCGCAAACUCUGGGCCUACGCAAUCGGACACAAAAGCGAAGUCUUCGGCAUAUUCAAAACUUGGCUAGCCGAGGUUGAACUCGAGACGGGUGCGACGCUGAAGGUCCUCCGAACCGACAACGGUGGCGAAUACUGUUCGAGAGCGUUCACAGAGUUCUGCAAGACACGAGGCACCCGUCGACAAUACUCUAUCCCACGCACGCCUCAACAGAACGGUCGUGCAGAGCGGGUCAAUCGUUCCAUUGUCGAAGGCGUCCUUGCCCUCCUUGUCGACGCCCACCUACCCAAGACAUUCUGGGAGGAGGCUGCAGCUUAUUUCGUUUACUGCAAGAACCUGUGUCAACACGCGGCCCUGGACAAGGCAACACCAAACUCCGUCUGGCAGGGUGACCACACCACUGCCUCGGCGCUUCACCCGUUCGGCUGUACAGCUUGGCUUACGGUCGCGCCCGAACUUCGCUCCAAACUCGACCCGAAGGCGGUUCGCGUUUUUUUCACCGGCUACGACCUGGCUUCAAAAGCCUUUCGCUUCUACGACACUACAACACAGAAGAUUAUACUUGGCAGAAAUGCCACGUUCCUCGACACUGAAUUCCCCGGAUUACAUGGCGACCCCACUGAGCAAGACGGCGACACGCACUUCGCCAGCGCUCCCACCACCGAAUCUCAAACCGUUGUCAAGACAUGGACCCCACUAGUAAGGUCGGCGCACAUGGACGUCUCAUCCCCCCUUGAUGAUUCUGCCAUGAGCGCCGUUGACGUGGCCCCAGGGUACACUGGCGGAACCUUACUUAACUUCACAGAUGCCGAAUCGUCCUCGUCACCGUCGCCUGCGUCGCCCUCAUCACCGUCGUCUGCGCCAUCGCCUGCACUUUCACCAUCGUCGGCUGCGUCAUCGUCACCCUCGGCCUUACCGACCGACUCUGAAGACUCCGCCGAUCCCCUCGACCUCCUCGGCUCACAGCCCCAGGUUCGCCUCGAUCUACAGGACGUGCACCACCCAGACUUCAGCACGUACCGCGAGCCCGCAUCGGCUGAGGAGUCGCCCGACGAACUCGACCUCAUUGGGCGCCACUCUCGCGACGAAUCUCCGGACGAAAUCGAUUUCCUCACCCGACACCACCGCGCCUUCAUCGCCAUCGACGACGACACCUCUGACACAGAGGCAAUUCAGCCAGUCAAGUCCAUCACGAGCGACCCACAGACCUGGCGCGAGGCGAUGUCUAGCGACAAGCGUGAAGUAUGGGCCAAAGCCGCCACCGACGAGUUCACCUCCAUGCGCGACGACUUCAAGGUCUUCACCAUCGAGGACCGAGCCACGGUGCCCGCGGGUGCGACUAUCGUUACAUCCAAGUUCGUCUGGAAAACGAAACGGAACGCACUCGGCGAAGUCACUGGACACAAGGCAAGGCUGGUCGCGCAAGGCAAUCGGCAACGCGACGGCAUCGACUUCAACGAAACGUUCGCACCGGUCGCACGCUUCUCCUCGAUACGCUCACUCCUCGCGCUGGCGGCCGCCAACGGCUUGCACGUGCACCAGGCGGACAUCGACAAAGCAUAUCUGCAUGGCGACCUUGACCACGACAUCUGGAUGACGGCACCGCGCGGCUUCGACCUUCCCAGCGACAAGGUGCUUCGCCUGCGACGCUCCAUCUACGGGCUCAAACAGGCUGGCCGAAUCUGGAAUCGACACAUCGACGCUUCGCUUCGGGCCCUCGGUUACACGGCGACGGGCACCGACCACUGCGUAUACUCUUGGCUCGAUGAUCGUCAAUGUCCACACUACAUCGCACUGUACGUCGACGACCUCCUGAUGAUCAGCCCGGAACUGGCCGAAAUCGAACGUGUCAUCUCAGGCCUGGACCAACGCUACGGAGUCAAGCGCCUCGGCCCGGCCGAGUAUAUCCUCGGCAUCCAGAUCAGGCGGUUCGACGACGGCUCUAUCGCCCUAUCCCAGGAACGGUACAUCAUGGACGUGCUCGCUCGGUUCCACUUCGACACCACGACUCGCGGCACUACAGUUCCGAUGACUCCCGGCCUUUCGCUCACUGCUAUCCCGGGUCAAGGCACCGAACGGAUCAGGUCAUGGUAUCUGCAGGCUAUCGGCUCGCUCCUCUACAUUUCGCUCGGUACCCGCCCUGACAUCGCCUUCGCCGUGUCCUACCUGGCCCGCUUCGCCAACAACCCCGGUCGUCGUCAUUGGAUUGCGGUCAAGCACAUCCUACGCUAUCUCCGGGCCACGUAUCGCAACGAACUCGUGUAUGCUCGCGGCCAGGCUCGCAUCACGGGUGUGGUAGGCUACUCCGACGCGAACUGGGGGGCCUGCAUCGACACAUCGGUGUCCACCAUGGGCUACGUCUUCUACAUCGCUGGCUCGGCCGUGUCCUGGUCGUCCAAACGCCAGUCUCGAGUUGCCGAUUCGACCACCGACGCUGAAUACCUCGCCCUCUCGCAUGCUGGCAAGGAAGGGAUUUACCUCAGUCAGCUGCUCGAAGAGCUCCAUGUACAACCUGUUGCACCGGCUCACAUCUUUACUGACAACGAAGCCGCUGCUGCAGUUGCUCACGAUCCUGUCCGCGUCUCUGGCACUCGGCACAUACGCUUGCGUGAGCACUUCGUUCGGGACAUGGUGAAUCGGGGCGACAUCUCUCUCUCGCAUGUGGGUACCAGCGACAUGGUGGCCGACAUCUUCACCAAGGCUCUCGGCCCAAAGGUCUUCUCAACGCACUGCUACGCCCUCGGCCUUCGCACUCGACACCCGCGGCUUGGGUCUGCCUCGCAUUCGCGUGGGGGGGGGUGUGAAGAGUCCACUCUCAGCUCGACAGGGGCGCCUCGGUCGUUGCGCGCACUUGCUAGCCCGCCCCCGGCGGUGGGGACUUAGACGCGCGCGACUGCCUCAGCGCGCCAGCGCCGGCGGAUUCAUGCGCGCGCCCGCUAGCCCGCCCCCUUGCGGUGGGGACUUAGGCGCGCCGGCGAUUUCACCCGCGGCUGACUUAGGGAUGUACAUUGUCACGCGCCUGGGACUAUCCCAGCGUGGCCCCCCCCUUUCUGUUUCUUAGCUUCCUUCUCAUCACUUCUGUUCGACUCUCAACCUCUCCUGACAGUAGUGGUGAACGUCUCAUAGGUACGCUGAAAUAGAUCACUUCUGUUCGACUCUCAACCUCUCCUGACAGUAGUGGUGAACGUCUCAUACAUUCGCCUCCGCGAGCAUUUUGUCCGUGACAUGGUCAAUCGAGGUGAUAUCUCUCUCUCACACGUUGGCACAGCAGACAUGGUUGCGGACGUAUUCACCAAAGCGCUAGGCCCCAAGAUUUUUGGUACACAUUGCUAUGCUCUAGGCCUCCGGACGCGACAUCCACGGCUCAAGUCUACCUCGCGUUCGCGUGGGGGGGGGUGUGAGGAAUCCACUCUCCGCUCGGCUCAGGACUUAGGCGCGCGGAGCGAACCGGGCGCGGACUUAGGCGCGCGGAGUGAGCCGGGCGCCCCGGCCCAGGACUUAGGCGCGCGAAGCGAGCCUGGGACUUAG